AUGGGUGAUAGCAAAGAAUUGGUCUGGAACGGCAGCAUAAAUGUACAAAUCAAACUUGAUAGUCGAUUACUGGUAGAUGGCGUUCCUGAAGGUCGACGGUUAGUGAAUAUUAGAGUACCUAGAGAAUCUCAUAUAGCCAUCUACACACCACUAGUACUAGAAAGGCUUCGAAACGUUCUUAGAUCAGAUAUUGAAGAACUCUUACCAAAGGUAUGGUAUAGUUACAAAGAUAUUAGCCUGCCGUGGUCGAUACCCUUUGGGACUUUGUUUGACAUAUACAAUGGAGCUCAUAAAGGUAUUAGUGGGAGUCGAGAUAACUAUAUCAAUGUAUGGAAAUUAAACCUAGUUACAGAUGAGAAGUUCCCAAUCAAUGUGAUUCCCAUAAUAGAAGGACAGGAUCAAUUAAGGAAAUUUAUGAUGCAGAGUUGGAAGCAAUGCUGUUUCAUUCUGAAUGGGUCAUCUAAAAGAGUUAUGUCUUUGUCCUUACAGGACUCCCUAGAAGUAUGGGAAGGCGUAACGGAGCGGGACUAUGCAAAGUACAGCGGUGUAAUCAAAAGGAUAUUGCCGAGGACUCCCAGAAGAAUACCUGUCGCUAUCCAUGCGGCGAAUGGUGGGCCGAUUGUACAAACUACAGAACCGACAUUGACAGACACUAGUUUUUCUCAAGCGGUUGAGGGAAUUGUAAAAGCAGACUUCGUCGUUUGCCAAGGGAUUGUAAUGUACUUAAGGGACUUCUCAGAUACCUCACUAUACGACGUUUACGAUAAGCUUCACAGCAUUGACGGGUACCUCCAUCUAAUAGCCAAUUUGUAG